AUGUCCGCCAUCCUGAAGCGCUUUACUUGUCCACCCGCGCAAACACUACGAACAUUGCAGCCCACGCCGUCAACGAUCCAAUACACAGUAUCGACCCGUCGCGUAGCAGAUACAUUUCCUUCGAUACUCAGCCACUAUUCUGGCAUAGCUCUUCGAUUUGUUGUCGGUCUAAUCGCCGUACUCAUCCUUUGGACCAAAUACCACACAGCCUAUGAGCCAGCUUCAGCCCUGUUGCGCUGGACACUAAACACAGCAUGGGAAACACACCUUAUCGCCCUCGUACACAGGUGUCAAUGGCGCUAUCUGGCCCCGCUGUCCCUGUUUCUUCUCUUUCUAGUCUUCAGACGAAACUAUACUGAGGAGUCUUUGACGCUGCUUCGCGGUCUGGGCAUACAAACGAGUACCUCAUCCGGUACAUACCUACAAUCCCCGACCACACGCUUCAUUCCUACGACCAGUAUCAAAGACAUCUUCAUACACGAGGCCUUCAAGGGAUUCGAGGUACGCUUUUAUCUAGGCAUUGUGGUGGAAGGGGAGGAGGAUAUUGUCGUUGUUUUUCCAGCCUUGUUGCCGCGACGGGCGUUGCUGGAGGUGGUGUGGAGAGGGGCUAGGGCCUGUUUGUGGGAGAGUGGUGGCGGGAUGGCAAAGAAGAGGGAAGAUCAAGGGAAGAAGUGUCAAGUGCAGGUGGCAGAGCUGGAGGGUUAUUACUAA